GCUUCCAGCAGCUCCUGGCUGCGGAGCCUGCCCACUCGGCCCGUCUGAGGAAGGAAGCGUCCAACGCAAAGGCAGAUGGGCGGGCGCGGCCGUCCACCCUGCUCUCUCCAGAGCCCCAGGCUUCCCUCUGCCCACUCUGCGAGGUGUGGGGCAGCCCAAGACCUCAGGACAGGCUGCAGGAGGACCGCAGGUGCCUGAGGAUAGGAAGUCCAGAGCCCAGGAGGUGGCUUGGGACAGCCCGAGGUCUCCAGGAGCGUGACCACUCAGCACCGAGAGCCUCCUGCAGGCUGCUGGCGACUGCACGGCCUCCRGCUGUCCCUGUGGAGACCUGAAAGUGGUGGACACUGCGAGGCGCACUUGGUCGCGGCCACCCUGCCCCAAGGUUGGACUGGCCUGUGUCUCUGAAUCAGAGACCCUUGUGAGGGCAGCUCCAUGGCUGAGAAGGGAGCCUCGCGGGGGCCCAUGCGCCGCUUCUGGUCACUGCCCAGGAAGCGCCGGGGAGCCCCAGGGCGCCCAAAGCCAGAUGAGAUCAUGCACCAGGACAUCGUGCCGCUCUGCGCUGCGGACAUCCAAGAGCAGCUCAAGAGGCGCUUCGCUUACCUGUCAGGUGGGCGGGGACAGGACGGAAGCCCAGUCAUCACCUUCCCCGACUACCCGGCCUUCAGCGAGAUCCCGGACAAGGAGUUCCAGAGUGUCAUGACCUACCUCACCAGCAUCCCCAGCCUACAGGAUGCAGGCAUUGGAUUCAUCCUGGUGAUAGACCGAAGGCAGGACAAAUGGACCUCCGUGAAGGCGUCGGUCCUGCGGAUAGCCGCCUCUUUCCCAGCAAACCUGCAGCUGGUCCUUGUUCUCCGCCCGACGGGGUUUUUCCAGCGGACUCUCUCCGAAAUCGCCUUCAAGUUCAACAGAGAUGACUUUAAGAUGAAGGUGCCGGUCAUAAUGCUGAGCUCAGUGCCAGAACUACACGGCUACAUCGACAAGUCUCAGCUGACCGAGGACCUCGGAGGCACCCUGGACUACUGCCACUCCAGGUGGCUGUGCCACCGCACGGCGAUCGAGAGCUUCGCGCUCAUGGUGAAGCAGACGGCUCAGAUGCUGCAGUCCUUCGGGACUGAGCUGGCGGAAACAGAACUGCCCAAUGACGUCCAGUCGACCAGCUCAGUGCUCAGCACCCACACCGAGAAGAAGGACAAGGCGAAGGAAGACCUGCAGCUGGCCCAGAGGGAGGGGCAGCGCCUCCUGGAGAGCCUCAGAGAGCCCCUGGCCGAGAGCAGCGCGCACAGCGUCAACCAGGAUCAGCUGGACAGCCAGGCCACCGUGCAGAGGCUUCUGGCCCAGCUGAAUGAGACCGAAGCCGCCUUCCAUGAGUUCUGGGCCAAGCAUCAGCAGAAGCUGGAGCAGUGCCUGCAGCUCAGGCACUUUGAGCAGGGCUUCCGCGAGGUCAAAGCCACCUUGGACACGGCGUCCCAGAAGAUAGCCACCUUCACUGACGUUGGCAACAGCCUGGCCCACGUGGAGCACCUGCUGAGGAGCCUGGCCAGCUUUGAAGAGAAGUCCAGCGUGGCCGUGGAGCGGGCCCGAGCCCUGGCCCAGCAGGGCCAGCAGCUCAUCGAGAACAAGCACUAUGCCGUGGACUCCAUCCACCCCAAGUGCGAGGAGCUCCAGCACCUGUGCCACCAGUUUGCCACGGAGAUCGGCAGGAGACGAGGGCUUCUCAGCAAGUCGCAAGAGCUGCACCGCCUCCUGGAGACGUCCAUGAAGUGGUGUGAUGAGGGCAUCUACCUGCUGGCCUCCCAGCCCGUGGACAAAUGCCAGUCUCAGGACGGCGCCGAGGCUGCCCUUCAGGAGAUUGAGAAGUUUUUGGAGACUGGCGAGGAAAAUAAGAUCCAGGAGCUCAGUAAAAUUUACAAGGAAUAUGAGACCAUCCUCAACCCAGACCUGCUGGAUCACGUGCAGAAAGUCUUCCAGAAGCAAGAGAGCAUGCAGGAGAUGUUCCACCGCCGGCAGGCCAGCCUGAAGAAGCUGGCGGCCAAGCAGACCCGGCCCGUGCAGCCCGUGGCCCCCCGGCCAGAGGCGCUCACCAAGUCGCCCUGCCCCUCCCCAGGCUCCUGGCGGGGAUCUGAGAACUCUGGCCCUGAAGGCAGCGCGCUCCGCAGGGGGCCCUACARGAGGGCCAAGAGUGAAAUGAGUGAGAACCGGCAGGGCCGGGACAGCUCCACGGGGGACGAGGAGGAGGGCCUGGCCAUCCUGCGCAGGCACGUGAUGAACGAGCUCCUGGACACCGAGCGGGCCUACGUGGAGGAGCUGCUCUCUGUCCUGGAGGGCUACGCGGCUGAGAUGGAGAAUCCUUUGAUGACGCACCUCAUUUCGACUGGCCUGCACAACAAGAAGGACGUUCUGUUUGGAAAUAUGGAGGAGAUCUAUCACUUUCAUAACAGGGUCUUCCUGCGGGAGCUGGAACGCUGCACGGACUGCCCGGAGCUGGUGGGAAGGUGCUUCCUUGAAAGGAUGGAGGACUUCCAGAUCUAUGAGAAGUACUGUCAGAACAAGCCCCGCUCCGAGAGCCUGUGGAGACAGUGCUCCGCCUGUCCCUUCUUCCAGGAGUGCCAGAAGAAGCUGGAYCACAAGCUGAGCCUGGACUCCUACCUGCUGAAGCCCGUGCAGAGGAUAACCAAGUACCAGCUGCUGCUCAAGGAAAUGCUGAAGUACAGYAGGAACUGCGAGGGGGCCGAGGACCUGCAGGAGGCGCUGAGCUCCAUCCUGGGCAUCCUCAAGGCCGUGAACGACUCCAUGCACCUCAUCGCCAUCACCGGCUAUGACGGGAACCUCAGUGACCUGGGGAAGCUGCUGAUGCAGGGCUCCUUCAGUGUGUGGACAGACCACAAGAAGGGCCACACCAAGGUGAAGGAGCUGGCCAGGUUCAAGCCCAUGCAGCGGCACCUGUUCCUGCACGAGAAGGCCGUGCUCUUCUGCAAGAAGCGGGAGGAGAACGGGGAGGGCUAUGAGAAGGCCCCCUCCUACAGCUACAAGCAGUCCUUGAAUAUGACUGCCGUGGGCAUCACAGAGAAUGUGAAGGGUGACGCCAAGAAGUUUGAGAUCUGGUAUAACGCGAGGGAGGAGGUCUACAUCGUCCAGGCACCAACUCCUGAAAUUAAAGCCGCGUGGGUGAAUGAGAUUCGGAAGGUGCUGACCAGCCAGCUGCAGGCGUGUCGAGAGGCCAGCCAGCACAGGACCCUGGAGCAGUCCCACAGCCUGCCCCUGCCCGCGCCGUCCAGCACCAGCCCCUCAGAAGGGAACUCGAGACACGUCAAGAAGCUGGAGGAGAGGAAGACAGACCCCCUGAGUCUGGAAGGAUAUGUGAGCUCGUCGCUGCYGAAGCCCCCCGAGAAAGGCAAAGAUGACGCGGUCUCUAGCUCUACUUCAGAAAGUUCCGCACUUUCCAGAAAGCGCUUCACCCUGCAGGGCUUUGCUAACCUCAAAGGUCAGAGAGCUUCUCCUACCAGUCCUGACAGAAAGGCUAAGCGGCAUGCAGUAAAGAGCGACCCGACUCCCUUUGGUUUGCGAGGCUGGAGCAAAACGUCCCACUCACUGGAGGUCCCUGAGGACGAGGGCGGCUGGUCAAGUGCUGAGGAACCCAUCAACUCAUCUGACGCAGAGGAGGAUGKUGGAGUGGGCCCCAAGAAGCUGGUCCCUGGGAAGUACACAGUGGUGCUGGACGAUGAGAAGGGGGGCCCAGACACCCUCGCCAUGAGGAGCGGGGACGUGGUCGAGGUGGUGGAGGAGGGCGCUGAGGGGCUCUGGUACGUCCGGGACCUGAGCAGCGGCCAGGAGGGCUGGGUGCCGGCCGGCAGCCUGUCGGCCCUGCUGGGCACGUCCGGCUCGGCGCAGUGUCUGAGCAGCUCAGGUAAGGCCCUCGGUGCGGGCGCGGCCCUGGCCCGUCCCACGGGAGGUGCGGAGGGCCGCCGCCGCAGCGAUCUCCCGGUGUCCCCGCAGAGUCGAGCCCGGGGUCGGCCGUGCUGAGCAACUCCUCGAGCUGCAGCGAGGGCUGCCCGGCGCCCUUCUCCGACCUCCAGGGCUAGCACCGCUCUGCGCUGCGCCCGGCGCUGACCCGCAUGCAGUCCCUGGUCGUCUUUUGCGCGGGCUCGCGUAGUUUGGGGAGGGGACGGCGCUCCAAGAUAGCCAAACCCAGGAGGACCCCCGUGCACCCGCCGGCCGCAGAGGACAGGCCUCAGCAGCCGGCCCCCGGGGCCGAAGCCAGCUCCCAGGACCAGGCCCCAGGGCCACUGCCAGGUGCAGUGGACGGGGAGGGGCCUGGGGACAGCCCCUCACCCGCGCGCGGCCGCCCUCCUCGGUGCGGGCGCCUCCGACGCCUGGUCUGGUGCUGGCUGUGGGAAGGUCCCGGUGGGAGCCGCCGCGGAACGCCGCCGGAGAGAGGGGCCUGGGGAACUCUUGUCUUUUAUAAGUUUCUGAUUUUUUAAAAACAGGGAUUAAUCCCGUGGCCAUUUUUUGUGGUACUUUGGCCUCAAAUCUUUACCAAGAAUCACUGUGUUUACAUGAAAUGAUAAUUUGAUACUGUAUUUGAUAUAAAACUAUUUUUUUGUUACUGGGGUUUACAUCAAAGCUCGUUGUCUAUAUCACUAAAUGAUUUGGGCACCCCUUGAAGCACACCUGGUCACAGGUGAACCCACACACAUGGAUAAAAUCAGGUGGUGUCUCACAACCAAAAGCAGUAAGAAACCAGGUCCUUCUACAUGCAUCGGCCUCAUUUCACAAGAAAAUUUAAACUCUAAUUCAAAAUAUUAACCUUCUUUUCUACAAAAUAAGGGGACUCUCAAUUUUUUAAAGAGCUUCACUGAAUUAGUGUAUUUUUGUUGUUUUUAAAGACAGUGUAGAGAUGCAGUUUCUGUGGGGUCUCUGAGCUCCCUGUCCACUGUGCUGGGUGAACAGGUGUGCUGGCGCCUCAGGCAGGACCAAAUCCUUCUCUGGCACCACCUACCUGGCCUUGCAGGAAAGUCCGCAGGUGUGGUUAGGGUUACCUUGAGUGAUGUGUGCAGGGGUCUCCUGUGUUCAAAUCAUGGCAGAACUGGAACCAAAACCCUUCUGCUUCUCAAACCCUUUUUGUGUUUCAGAAACAAAUCUGUCCUCUUGAGACUUCCCGGAGGGCAGGUGUGGUAUGUGUGUUUGUGUGUGUACCUACGAUCUGGAUGUAAAGGCGUAUUUAUGGUCUCAUGCUGCUGAACAUGUGUCACUUUAUAGUCCUCCCUGUCUCCUUGCCCUGCUGCCGUGGGGGCUGCCGCCCCGCUGUGGCCAARGUGAAGCGCCCUCCCCACCCUGUGGUGCGGGAGCCCUUGCUGGCCAGACCUCCAGAGGAGGGGAUCACGCACGAGGCCUGUGAAGACCGCAGCGUUUCUCCUGGUGCACACUUGGUCCGCCUCAUCUCCAGUCCAGAUGCGGCUCCUUCUGUCUCCACCUGGGCUUGCCCUCUCUCUGUGAUCUCUCCCUCAUGAAGGCACUUUAAAACGUCAUGUUUCAUUGACUGUUACUUUUCUUUUAACUGCUAAURUAAAUGAAAUUUAAAAAUCAGAGCUCUUUAUUGUAUGGAUGAAGUUUGAAUAAACGUCAGAAACCCCU